AUGAGGCCGUUGACGGAAGAAGAAACCAAAGUGGUUUUCGAGAAGCUUGCCAAUUACAUUGGUAGAAACAUCUCCUUCUUGAUCGACAACCCAACGAACCCUCACGUUUUCAGACUACAAAAGGACAGAGUCUACUAUGUCUCAGAGGCUGUCGCCAAGUUCGCCACUUCUGUGUCUAGAGACCGUCUCAUCUCUCUUGGUACAUGUUUCGGAAAGUUCACGAAAACAGGAAAGUUCAGAUUGCAUAUCACAUCCUUGACCUACUUGGCUCAACACGCUAAGUACAAGGUGUGGAUCAAGCCCAAUGGAGAGAUGCCUUUCUUGUACGGAAACCAUGUUUUGAAGGCUCACAUUGGAAGAAUGUCUGACGAUAUUCCAGAACACGCCGGUGUUAUUGUGUUCUCCAUGCAUGAUGUGCCUCUUGGGUUUGGUGUUUCAGCUAAGUCAACCACCGAGGCUAAGAGUCUCCAACCAACUGCCAUCGUCGCUUUUAGACAAGGUGAUAUUGGUGAGUACUUGAGAGAGGAGGACACUUUGUUCACGUAG